AUGUGUGUAUGUAUGCCCAUGUUUUUCAUUUAUGAAGUUUUGAGGGUUAUAGUUUUGUCCUGUAAAAUUUAAAUAAACAAUGAAAAAUUAGUUUAAGAAUGGCAACAAUAAGAGUAUUAAAUAAUAUACUGCGACAGAAAUCAUGUAAAUACAAUAGAAUUUCAUCAUUAUCGUCAUUAUCUUUUAAUAUUGACAAAAUAAUACUAAGAAAAUAUUCAAACGAAAAUGAAAAGAAGAAAUCAGAAAUUACGCAUUUCGAUAAUCAUGCAAAUGAAAGUCAAGUAUCAACGUCAUUUGCAGAAGUAGUUAAAGAGAACACCAAGUCAGUAUGGUACACGGGCGUGAUAGUGGCUGGUGUGGGCAUAACAGCAUUGAUGUUCUACACAAUUUUCCGGGAACUGUUUUCGGAAAAAAGCCCUAACAAUAUUUACAGUAGUACCGUAGACAGAUGCAUCAAAGAUCCGAGAGUCGUUGACGAACUCGGCGAGUCGAUAAAAGCCUACGGCGAGGAAACUCGCCGGGGAAGACGUCAGCGCGCUAGUCAUGUCGUUUUUACGCGUGAUGGCAGACCGCAUAUAAGAAUGCAAUUUUACCUCCAGGGAGACCGUAAAAAGGGAACAGUACAUUUAGAAAUGAGAGAGGAUGAUAACGGCAAACUCGCCUAUCGAUACUUACUGAUUCAACUGGACGAUAUACUCCGUACAGUUAUCGUUUUAGAAGAUAACAGAGCAGCGGAGGUUACCCCAAGCUUCGAGGUGGAAAAUUCUCCAACCUUGUCAAUCCAAUAAAUAAAUAAAUAAAUUUACUUCUAUCCUCAUUGUUACACUAUCUUUAUAACUCUAGUCUUGAGUAUAAUGAAACAAAAUGAUCCUGUCAUUCAUUUUAUUAAAAUUUUUUUGCCAAUAAAAUUUAUACCGGCUUAAA